AGAGGAGCUGUGUCAUCGGGAGCCAGGGCCCAGCCACAGAACCUGCAUGCGUGGCGUCUCCAGAGCCUCACGGGAAGGGAAGAGGGUCAGUGAGGUGUCAGUUCCCUAUUGGCCUAAACCACAGAUAAUUCGAAUGCACAUCUGCACCCCGACUGCAGCCUGUGCUCCAAGAAGUAAGUUCAGAGGCCAUGAGACUGCCUCUACCAUUGUUGCUACUGUUCGGGUGCAGGGCUAUCCUGGGGAGCUUCGGGGAUAGGGUUUCCCUCUCAGCUACAGCUCCCACACUGGAUGAUGAAGAGAAGUAUUCGUCUCAUAUGCCGACUCACCUGCGCUGUGAUGCCUGCCGGGCUGUAGCCUACCAAAUGGGGCAACAUCUGGCAAAAGCAGAGGCUAAAUCUCACACUCCAGACUCCGGUGGAUUGCAGGAACUGAGUGAAUCCACAUACACAGAUGUCCUGGACCGGACCUGCUCUCAGAACUGGCAGUCCUAUGGAGUCCAAGAAGUGAACCAGAUGAAGCGUCUCAUGGGCCCAGGACUUAGCAAGGGGCCAGAGCCAAGCAUCAGCGUGAUGAUUACUGGGGGUCCCUGGCCCAAUAGGCUCUCCAUGACAUGUUUUCACUACCUGGGAGAGUUUGGAGAGGACCAGAUCUACGAAGCCUACCGCCAAGGCCCUGAGAAUCUGGAGGCGCUUCUCUGUGAGGGCACCCAUGGGUCCUGCUCACAGGAGAUCCUGGCCCAGAGAGAAGAGCUUUAGUCCAAGCUGUGACACC